ACUUAAUCAAUAAAACAAGAAAAAUUUAAGUAAAAAUGAAAUGUCUCAUAUCGACUUAAUUGUGAAUUUUCUGGGUAAUUCUGAGUUUUGAAUGUAGGUUGAUAGAAUGUACAAGUACCAAAUGAAGAUUAUGUAACUUAAUGCUGUUGCUGUUCUGCGAAAAAAAAUUACAUAAAUAUUUCAGCAAUUAAGGGGACCCGGUGUGUUAAUAAUGUAUCAAAUAAUAAUAGGUUUCAGAAAAGCGUCAAAUACUCUAAAGGAGACUAAAAAUAGUUUUCAAAAUUGAUUCUAAAUGGAAAAUUAUCGAUAUUAUGCGAUAUCGACUUUUGUGCAAGCCUACGUUUCAAAAUGUCAUCCUGAAAGUUGAAUGAAUGUGUCGCGAGAGAUAAUUAAAGUUUAAACAUAAUUAAAGUUGUGUUUACUAAAUCUUUUCUAUAAAAAAUGGAGCUCAACGAUGUGAUAGUUAAUCAACCCGUAGUCAUAGAUAAUGGCUCCGGUGUAAUUAAAGCUGGAUUUGCUGGUGAUCAGAUACCGAAAUGCCGUUUCCCAAAUUAUAUUGGUCGACCGAAGCAUGUCCGUGUCAUGGCAGGUGCGUUAGAAGGGGAGUUGUUUGUUGGUCCCCGUGCUGAGGAACAUAGAGGACUCCUCAGUAUCAAAUAUCCCAUGGAACAUGGGAUAGUUACAGAUUGGAAUGACAUGGAGAGAGUAUGGAACUAUAUUUACAGUAAGGAUCAACUAUCAACAUUUUCGGAGGAACAUCCCGUUCUAUUGACAGAAGCCCCGUUAAAUCCACGACGUAAUCGCGAAAAGGCAGCUGAAGUAUUCUUUGAGACAUUCAAUGUGCCAGCAUUAUUUCUUUCUAUGCAAGCAGUCCUUAGUUUAUAUGCGACAGGGCGUACCACAGGCGUAGUGUUGGACUCUGGUGAUGGUGUCACUCACGCGGUGCCAAUAUACGAGGGGUUUGCGAUGCCCCACAGCAUUAUGAGGGUGGACGUAGCCGGGCGUGACGUCACCAGAUACCUACGGUUACUACUACGAAAGGAAGGUGUAAAUCUUCGCACUUCAGCAGAACUGGAGAUUGUGAAGGCAAUUAAAGAAAGAGCGUGUUACCUCUCCCCUAAUCCUCUGAAGGAGGAAACCAUGGACUCGGAGAGAGCACAGUACACGUUACCCGACGGAAUCCAGCUGGAGGUUGGUCCAGCGAGGUUCAGAGCGCCCGAAGUACUAUUCAGACCAGAUCUAAUCGGCGAGGAGUGCGAAGGUCUCCACGAAGUGCUGAUGUUCGCUAUACAAAAGUCCGAUAUGGACCUACGGAAGGUAUUAUAUCAGAACAUAGUGCUCAGCGGUGGGUCCACACUGUUCAGAGGCUUCGGGGAUAGACUCCUGGCUGAAAUAAGAAGACUAGCGCCUAAAGACAUGAAGAUAAGGAUCUCAGCACCACAAGAGCGUCUCUAUUCUACAUGGAUAGGAGGUUCAAUUCUCGCCUCUCUCGACACUUUCCGAAAAAUGUGGGUGUCCAAACGGGAAUACGACGAGGAAGGACACCGUGCCGUUCACAGGAAGACAUUCUAGACUCGAUACUCUUAGGCUUAAGGUCGAUAUUUGUAAAGCAAGAAUGGAUAUUCGCAAAAAACUAUCACUAUAGAAAUAAAUUAUUAAAUCUAUCAAUACGUUUAAUUUGGUUCAUUGAUUUUAUUUAUUUAAUGUUAAGUAAAUAAAGCUUUCUGUUUGCAAUGUGUAUGUGGAACUGAUAUAAGUUGUCACCAGUAGAUAUAUUAAAUAAUUAGCUGUAAUCCGCGGCUUUGCUCGCAUUGUUAAAGGGAAUUGGCUACUUGACUGCUUCGGGAAAAGUUUUUUUUUUUCUCUAAAAAUAGAAAAACAUUUUUAUUCAUCGGAAUUUGCCUCAAAACCAGUCAGUCACGUGACAUUGAACACGAAUACUGGUUGCACUCGCAACGAAGAUGUUGAAAUUUAGUUAAAUGAAAUUUGACGUCACAAGAUGAUCCGUCAUGGCCGCCCGCGUUUCGGUUCUUGUAAUCCACAGAUUAUAAAAUAUACUUACAAUUUAUUUUAUAACAAUAAAUAUUACCUACAUAGUUAUUGUUUGCAUUUAAGUUACCAUUUCCAAUAUAUAUCAUAAUUUAUUAAUAUAAAUAUCAAGUAGCCAAUUAAGAUAUUUAUCACGGUCCCGACAUUCUCCACAAAUUUUUAUGCGUUUUUAUAACCACGCUCCUUUGGGACGGGAAAAAAUAACAAUAUAUUGCCAUUUAUGAUAUUAGUAUGGAUUUAAAGUUAUCUUUAAAGUUAUUCUACACAAAUCAUGCCUUAUAUGUAUAUCUUUACAACAGGAUUGCAUGCAUUUUUCUAUAUGUGUAAAAUUGUGUUGCAGGGUUAUCGAUAACUUGACUGUCGGUGUAUAUUUACAAGUCUAUAAGGGUCCAUCCAUAAAUUACGUCACAUGUUAUGAGGUGUUACGUGACGAAGUGUGACAUUAGAACAUUAUUUAAUAGAAUUUGUAUGACAGACUGUAUGUACGGGAGGAGGAUCUUAAAUUUCAUGAAAUUCAUGUGACGUAAUUUAUGGAUGGCCCCAUAUUAUCGAUAUAGUUAAAUUAUUACAACACUUAUAAAAAUAGUCAACACGC